AAAGCACUGGGUUAGGCAGGAGCAGUGGAAGCAGACCAUUGUCCCACGUAGCUCAGCACUAUCUACACUGACUGGCAGCAUCUCCCCAGGAUUUCGAGGAAGGAGACAUCCUGUGCACAAAGCAGGUGCUCUAACCACUGUGAACUACAGCCCUUCCCCACUACGUAGGUGAUGGUUUUUUGUAGCUCGAUUCUAUUUUGGAAGGUGAUUGCAUCACACCCUAAUUAUCAGGCGAGGAGUUUUAAGGGACCUAAAAGGGAAAGAACAGAUGAAUGAGUUUCCUGCUGGAACUCGUCUCAGUCGCAGAGAAUACCAAAAAUGUCCCAAAGUGUUCUAUGCGCCAGAGGAAAUGUCUGAGGAAGGAUACUGUUUGGACUAUGUGUCUGCAGCUGCCACUUUGAGAGGGACGGCCGUGCAUUUAGAAAAGGGGAAAGAACCUCAAUGUACGAUAAUAACGGAAGGAAACUUUACAAACCCAUGGCUGGCAGCCAAAGGAGGCUGGGGACGCGUCUUCUAAAGAGCAGUUCCUCACUUUCAUCCCCAUCUGACAAGCAUUUUGUUGUCAAAGCAUCCUGAAACCCCAGCGCCCAACUGGACCCUUCCCCAAAAACUUGGACACAUGCCUAUGGCGGCUGUUUUGAUCCCUGCCUCUAAGCGAUCUUCCCUUGCCUCAGCCAAAAGGGGUCUUUGCGUUGCCCAUCACUAGCCAUCCAAAUCCUGUUCCUUCUCCUGCCUCCUCUGCUGUUGUGGCAAAUAAAUAGGAUAAAAUGUGGGCUUAGCAUCUAGCCAGAGAAUUGUAGAGUCGGAAGGGACCCUGAGGGUCAUCUGGCAAAGCAGGAAUCACAGCUGGAGAAUUCCUGGCAGGCGGCCACCAAACUUCUGCUUAAAAAUCUCCAAGGAAGGCGAGUCUGCCGCCUCCUGACAGAGUCCAUUCCACUGGCAAACAGCUCUUGGUAUCAGAAAGUUCUUCCUAGGUGACCGUGACGCCACGUGACAGGAAUGGCCAAUGGCUUUCUCAUGGAAGUAUGUGUUGAUUUUGUGGAGUCUGCUGUGAAUGCAGAAAAAGGAGGUAAUCCCAUAAAAAAGAUGGAAGAUCAUUGAGGGGUCUUUCUAGGCCAGGACACCUCUGGGUGCUGGCCGCCUUGAACUGUGUGCCAACCUCAUGGAAGGAGGAACAACACCUACUAUAGGCCUUUUGCAAGUGGUGAAGCAGUGUAUAAGGUAAAGGUAAAGGGACCCCUGACCAUUAGGUCCAGUCGUGGCCGACUCUGGGGUUGCGGCGCUCAUCUCGCUUUAUUGGCCAAGGGAGCCGGCGUACAGCUUCCGGGUCAUGUGGCCAGCAUGACUAAGCCACUUCUGGCGAACCAGAGCAGUGCACGGAAACGCCGUUUACCUUCCUGCCAGAGAGGUACCUAUUUAUCUACUUGUACUUUGACGUGCUUUUGAACUGCUAGGUUGGCAGGAGCAGGGACCGAGCAACGGGAGCUCACCCUGUCGCGGCGAUUCGAACCACCAACCUUCUGAUCAGCAAGCCCUGGGCUAUGUGGUUUAACCCACAGUGCUAUCCGCGUCCCUGAAGCAGUGUAUAAGGGUGGCUGUAUUUGUGAUGAUCCACCCCCGUGGGGGGGGGGGAUUUCCUCUAUUCUGACCGAGAAGUUGAGGUGAUGAAGGCAGACAUCCGACUUGCCAAGCAACAUGGGGCUGAUGGGUUGGUGUUUGGAGCCUUGACUGAGGAUGGACGUGUGGAUACAGAGCUCUGCACAGCACUGCUGGCUGCUUCCCGCCCUCUGCCAGUCACCUUCCACAGAGCUUUUGACAUGGUCUAUGACCCUUUGGCGCGGCGGGGUGAGCUCCUGUCUUUCGGUCCCAGCUCCUGCCCACCUAGCAGUUUGAAAGCACCCUUAAGUGCAAGUAGAUAAAUAGGUACCGCUUUAUAGCGGGAAGGUAAACGGCGUUUCCGUGUGCUGCGCUGGUGCUGGCUCGCCAGAGCAGCUUCGUCACGCUGGCCACGUGACCCGGAAGUGUCUCCAGACAGCGCUGGCCCCCGGCCUCUUAAGUGAGAUGGGCGCACAACCCUAGAGUCGGACACGACUGGCCCGUAUGGGCAGGGGUACCUUUACCUUUAUGACCCUUUGGCAGCCUUGGAAAUGCUAAUAUCAAUAGGCUUUGAACGGGUCCUGACUAGUGGCUGUGACAGCUCUGUUCUAGAGGGGCCGCCCUUGAUAAAACGACUGACAGAACAGGCUAAGGGAAGGAUUGUUGUGGUGCCAGAAACCCUUACACUACCACUGGGGCCUACCUCUGCACACCUGAAUAUUCCAUCAAGGUGGCCGAUGUGGCUAAAGUGAGGACCCUGAAUGCAAUUGCAAAGAAUAUCCUGUAGAACAAGCUACUGUGAGCCAGGAAGACCCAGAGCCCUGUGACCUGCGGUAGACAUAGCAUAGGUAUGACCUGCAUAGACAUAGACAUUUCAACAGCAUCCUUGCCAGCACUUAAAGGACAUGUGUCAAUCAAAUGAAGAAGCCUCUGCUUGUUUUUCUCCUAUUCCCACUUGCUCCACAGCCUUUUUUCCUCAGAUGUCGUAAUGCCGUUUUGUCUGUGGAGAGCAAAUGAUGGGGAGGGGCUUAAUUAAAGGGGCACUCGCCAUCGGGCAACACUCUCCCUGUUAAGGUCUCUUCUCAAAUAAAACCUGAAGCCACUAAAAAAAAGAGAGAAAGUUCUUCCUGAUGUUUAGUCGGAUUCUAUUUCUUGCAACUUGAAGCCAUGGGUUCAAGUCUUCCCCUCUGGAGCAGGAGAAAAUAAGCUGGCUCCUUCUUCCAUUUAACAGCCCUUGAGAUAUUCGAAAAUGGCUAUCCUAUCUCCUCUCAGUCUCCUGUUUUCCAGGCUAAACAUACCCAGCUUCUUCAACCAUGUUGUAAGAAUUUUGAGGUCUCAAAUAUAGAAUAAAUAUUCAUAAAUGCACACAUAUCUAAACAGAUGAACCAUGUGUCUGAAAUAGUAAGGGAGAGCAAUCCUGAAGCCAUUUUGUCUCUUCCCAUGACCUCAAAUAUUCCUCUGCUGUAAGGGAGGCAAAUGGGGAAAGCCUUCCCAUGGUCUUUUUGCUUGCAAAUCCUGUCUUAAGGGUGCAUUUGCAUACGACUAGGGUGAGCCUGUGAACUGGAUUCAGGAAUUAAGAGUUAACCAUCACAAAAGAAUGGCCAGGCUGCCCAGGUAAUGCAACCAGUGACCAUUAUCAGGUAUCCUGGCAGACAGAAUUUCUGCUGUGGACCGCCUCCUUCUGUGAUGUAUGUAUGAUGUUUCAGGGCGGUGGUCUUGGGCUCCAGGGUGGGCAAUUUCAAAAGCCUAUAUAAGAGCUUGCACAUCGUUGUUCUGGGUGCCUCUCCUCCCUCCCUGCAUAGGGUAAGCGGGGGACCCUGUUGCAACAGUUUAAUAAAGAUCAGGCUUACUAGCUACUUUGCUUCUCAAUAUUCUCUUGUUGGCCUCUGUUCUUUUCUCCUACUGAUAGGGAACUCACUUAAGGACUCUAUACGGGCUCUUGGAUAACCCAUAAGGGAGAAAGGGCAGAUUUUGUUUACUUCAGGCUAUUGGCUUGAUCUAGCAGGCUCUUCUUAUGUUCUUAUGCUCCACACUGCAGGGCAGGAAGUUUCAGGAGACAGGGCUGCUUUUAACAGGAUUUGUUUCUUAGCAGGAAGAAAAGGUUAGAGACUUAUAGGGCGCCUCUCCCCGAUCUAAUUCUUCUUUGCUCACAACUUCUAUAUGAGUAAGGUUGGGGUUAAGAGAGGGGUGGGAUAAAGGAAGCACCUAGGUCCUAGACGAAGGGAUGCGGGUGGCGCUGUGGUCUAAACUACAGAGCCUAGGGCUCGCCGAUUGGAAGGUCGGCAGUUCGAAUCCCUGUGACGGGGUGAGCUCCUGUUGCUCGGACCCUGCUCCUGCCCACCUAGCAGUUCAAAAGCACGUCAAGUGCAAGUAGAUAAAUAGGUACUGCUCUUGCAGGAAGGUAAAUGGUGUUUCCGUGCGCUGCUCUGGUUCGCCAGAAGCGGCUUAGUCAUGCUGGCCACAGAAGCUGUCUGCAGACAAACGCCGGCUCCCUUGGCCUAUAGAGCGAGAUGAGCGUGCAACCCCAGAGUUGUCCGUGACUGGACCUAAUGGUCAGGGGUCCCUUUAAGUCCUAUACAGAUAGUGCUGGUCUUAACAGCACCAGAUGCCCCCACCUCCAAAGGAAACAGCCCCUCCCAUCUCCAAAAAAUAAAGCCAGCUACAAAACUUCCAAAACUGAUGACUCUGCAAACUGUGAAAUUAAUUAUCUCAGCCUGUAUCCAAAAAGAUGGUAUUUGCUCAGCCCCAAGGUGGCUGUCAUGGAACGAUAGCAAAAAACGUUGAAUUGCUCUCAGACAGGUCUAGUUAGACAGCUCUGGCAUAGUAAGAGAUGCCAUUCAGACUUCAGAUGGUUUAAGAAUAUACAAUUUCCACCUGCACCGGAAACCACACAGCUGUGCAGUUGUCACCCAAAAUAUCCAGAUGGUACCAAGUCUAUCGCUGCACUGCAGGGGGUUGGACUAGAUGACCCCUGGGUCCCCUAAGUUGGAGAAGUCAGGUGAUGGGUGCAAAAUUUCUGGGCUGUCCAACCUUUGCAGUGCAGAUAUAUUGGAGGAAGAGCAAUCAUCUUCACUCUGGGGUGUUAUAUACUUUUGAAAACUACUUUAAAAAAACAACCCCACGUUAUCCAAAAAUGCAAGUUAUGAAUAACGUUUCAAUUGCCAUAACAAAUAGAAAGGAAGAAUAAAAUAAGCAAACGCCGCCCCUGCAAACCUUAAGUAAAUCUUUAUAAAUUGAUUCCAUUUCGCCCAGCCUCCUACCCCUUCCCAUACUUUGGAUAUUCCAUUACAAUAUCCUCUCCAACCAUUGACGAUAUUGCCCAUUUACUGGACCUGAAGUAUUCCCCACCCCCCUUUUUAAAGUAAAAUAAAUAUAUCUGGGAAUAAUGAAAUAAAGCUGAAUGUUGGAAGGUUCAGGAUAGGUAAAAGUCAUUCUCCAUACAGCGCAUGGUUAAACUCUGAAGCUUGCUGCCCCAGGAGGUAGCUGUGGCCAGGGCCGUCUUUAGGAUAUGUGCCGCCGGGGUGCAAAGAUUCGCCCAGCGCCCCCAAAUUUAGAUUUGCCCCCAAAUAAACUUUUUUAUAGGGACGCCGGUGGUGCUGUGGGUUAAACCACAGAGCCUAGGGCUUGCCGAUCAGAAGGUCGGUGGUUCGAAUCCCCACAACGGGGUGAGCUCCUGUUGCUCGGUCCCUCCUCCUGCCAAGCUAGCAGUUCAAAAGCACGUCAAAGUGCAAGUAGAUAAAUAGGUACCGCUCCGGCAGGAAGGUAAAUGGUGUUUCCGUGCGCUGCUCUGGUUCGCCAGAAGCGGCUUAGUCAUGCUGGCCACAUGACCCGGAAGCUGUACGCCGGCUCCCUCGGCCAAUAAAGCGAGAUGAGCACCGCAACCCCAGAGUCGGCCACGACUGGACCUAACGGUCAGGGGUCCCUUUACCUUUACUAGGAGAAACAUCAGUCGUGUCAAAGGUGCCGCUGACUCACCAAGCUGCCGCAUAGCAGCUCAAUACAAUACGUAACAUAAUAUUUUGAUGUAAGAGUUAAUUUUGCGUGGACGCUGCCAUUGAGAAUGACAAGCGCCGCCGCUGGCGCAGCGCAUCUUUGAUAAACGAGCGCAGAAAGUCAAAAGUCCUUUAGUGAAACAGUAGGUAUACAUUUCGGCCAAGCCUCUUCUAAUGCUCCUAAAUUGCUUUAGUUUUCUUGGACCACAUAUGCAGAUACCCACAAUUUCACUGCAUGCUUUCAGGUGAAAUAAAGAUUUUGAUCGACAUUAACCACUAUGUUCUGCAUGCAUUCGUUGUGACGCAUUCAGUUAUUCUGGGACAGCCCCUGUUUUCAACUUUGAAAGUCAAAGGCAGUGGUUGUUCCAUGAAGACUACAUUUUAAAAGCAUAAUAUUUCUGUGCAGCUGAAGGAAGCAAAGUACCUCCCUUUGCUAAGCAGCUAGGAAGUACCCAGAAAUGAGAGAGAUGUUUCUUCUCCACUAUCUCAGUGAUCUGCAUAUGAAGAGGAACUGCAGUUGAUGAGUCAGACAGACAGAAAGAGCACUGUGAGGAUAUCAGAAGAGCUUGGCUGCUGCAGGAUCAGGCCAAAGGGGGCCCAUCGUAGCCCAGUGUCUUCUUCUCACAGUUGCUAACCAGAUGCUCCAAUGGGAAGCCUUGUUAAUGGAAAAAUCCGAGGGCUCCCUUGGACAAAAAACAAAGACACCAACCAGGAUUAUUAGGAGCAAAACAGCAGCCAGUAGGCUUGGCCUUUAUUGAUCUGUUGCAACAGAGUGCUCCCCUCACCCGCAGGAGAGAGGAGGGACCAGAAAAAUGGCGUGCAAGGCCUUAUAAAGACUUUUGAAACUGCCACCCUGUAGAUCAAGACCACCCCCAGAAACAUCAUACAUACAUCACAGAAGGGGUGUAACCUAAGACCACCCCUCAGAUACAUCACACCUACAUCACAGAAAAGGCGGUCUACAACAGAAAUUUGAAUGUUGUUUUUCUCCUGUUGUUUAUCUCCUGUCUGGCAGGUUACCUGAUUGGAUUGCCUGGGGAGCCUGGCCAGUCUUUUGUAAUGAUAAAUCCUUAGUUCCUGGGCCAGGUCACAGGCUCACACCCUAUUCAAACACAGACAUACCCUUAAGACAGGAUUUGUGAAGGAAAAGACAAUGGGGAGGCUUUUCCAGUUUGACCUCGCAGAGAAAACAUUUGCUCAGUUUAGGAAUCAAAAUGGUUCCAGGUUGGCCUUCCUGUGCUGAUCUAUGUAUGUGCUUAUGAACAUUACCAUAUAUCUAAGACCAUAAAAUUCCUAUCACAGCCUGAAAACAAGACCUCAGUGCAAAAGCAGCACAGCUCUCUACUCAGAGUUCCCAGUUGCUGGAGAGGGCAGAAGGGUAAUAAUAAAUAAUAAUAAUAAUAAUAAUAAUAAUAAUAAUAAUAAUAAUUUUUUAUUAUUUGUACCCCGCCCAUCUGGCUGGGUUUCCCCAGCCACUCUGGGCAGCUUCCAACAAAAGACCAAAAAUACACUAAGAUGUCACGCAUUAAAAACUUCCCUGAACAGGGCUGCCUUCAGAUGUCUUCUGAAUCUCAGGUAGUUGCUUAUCUCUUUGACAUCUGACAGGAGGGCGUUCCACAGGGCGGGUGCCACUACCGAGAAGGCCCUCUGCCUGGUUCCAUGUAGCUUUGCUUCUCACAAUGAGGGAACCACCAGAAGGCCCUCGGCGCUGGACCUCAGCAUCUGGGCAGAACAAUGGGGGUGGAGACGCUCCAGGUAUACUGGGCUGAGGCCGUUUAGGGCUUUGAAGCGCUCAGAUCCUGCUUGCAGAUUUCUCCUGGGGGUCCCUGGGUUGGCCACUGCGAGGACACAGUGCUGGAGAAGAUGGGCCAUUGGCAUGAUCCAUCAUGUCUCUUCUUAUGUUCUUGGGUAACACAGGCAGCAGGACUGUCAAAUGGCAUGGUCUCCAAUCUGGAAGUGAGCAAAAUGUGUAUUCUUCAUUAGCUGGCUUACUUCAUUUCCUGGAAGGGGGAAAAAGAAGAAGAGGAGAAGGAUUUCACUUCCUCCAAGAAGCCUCUAACUCCUGCAGGUGUUUUCUGCUUUAGCAAUCAGCCUCUUCCUUAAACAAUGAAACUAUGUCAUACCUAGUUCCGGACAGACAGCAGCUGAAUUAUCCAGACCAAACACUUAAGAGCAAACAACACACACACACACACCAAGUUUCCUCUCCCUUUUCCAGAAAUCUGAAUCACGCAGCAACAAACACAAGGAGCAUGUUUGUGGAUCGGGCCGCUGAUAGCAUGGAUUUCAUUCCAUCUUGAUCAGCAGCCAGUGGGUACAGCAGUGAACAGAGAUAAGAUUUCCCUGGGUGCUCUGCAUCCAUUCGCUCAGAGGUAGACUGCUGCUGUACAUGGAGGUUUCAUUUAGACUGGGCAUGGGGGAACUUUUGGCUCUCCAGACGGGACUGGUCUACAACUCUCAGCAGCCUAUAUGCCACCCAUGCUCAGAGACCUGCACUGGCUGCCGAUUUGCUUCCCGGCCAAGUUCAAGGUGUUACAGUUCGAAUAUUAAAGCCCUUAAGAACUUUGGAUGAAUGUGCAUGCAAUGCCCUAAAAGAAAAUGUGAUGAAAAUGAUGUAUAGAUGGUAUAUAACACCUGUCAAGUUAGCGAAAAUGUAUAAAGUCAGUAAUAAAUGUUGGAAAUGUAAACAAAAAGAGGGAACAUUUUAUCACAUGUGGUGGGAAUGUAAAAAGGUGAAAUGCUUCUAGGAGAUGAUAUAUAAUGAGAUGAAAAAAAUGUUGAAAUAUACAUUCAUAAAGAAACCAGAAGCAUUUUUACUGGGCAUUGUGGGGAGUGAUAUAAAUAGAAAGGAAUGUAAGCUCUUCUUAUAUGAAAUAACAGCAGCAAGAAUAUUACUGGCCCAAAAAUGGAAGCAAGAAGAAUUACCGAUGAUUGAAGAAUGGAGAAUGAAGUUAAUGGACUAUGCAGAACUAGAUAAACUAUCAGGAAGGAUUCGAAACCGGCGGGACCAGAAAUUCACGGAAGACUGGAGUAAAUUUAAGGACUACUUGAAAAGUAUUUGUGAAGAUCAGACAACAUUUGUAGGUUUGCAAGAAGUUUUGUGAGGAGUAUUAUUGGAAGUAUUGCAAAAAUGGAGAAGGGGAAGGAUGAUUUCUUAAGAGAUGUAAAGGCAAUAUAAAGUUAAGAAAUGCAUAAGAAGUGGUUAAAACGGUGGAUCAUCAGAGGUGCUGAUGGAAGUCUAAAAAGAUUGUAUAAGUGAUAAGUUUUGUGGUACAUUUUAUAAUUUAUAUGUUAAAAUCAAUUAAAAAAAAAAGAGCUUGGGAUGAAUGUACCUGCAAGAUCGCCUUAGACAAUAUUCACCCAUUAGGCCGCUUCGGCCUAUUGGCAGAAUUGGCAAUGUUACAGUUGCCUCAUAAUACUUAUUCCUCAUUUGUAAGAAAUUGAUGCGUUAGUGUGGCAACAUUUUGAAACACACCAAGAUUGCGCAUAGUCAAAACACUUUGGGUCUGAUGGCGGUUGGGAUGGCGAAAGUCAUUUUUCCUGGAAUACUGACCCCUUUUUAAUUAAAAAUUAUUAUUUUCCCCCACACACGUAAAGAGGAAUACGCACAAGUUAAAUGUGCGUAUAAGUUGCGGGCUUACUGUAUUUUUAAACCCUUAAAAAGCCGGCAAUAAACACCAGAUUUAAACACAUGCUGACGUUCUGCAUGUCUGGACAGACUUUGCCUUAACAAAUAUGCUUUUUAUUGUGUGCCGAGAAGAUUAGAGUUGCCAGAUAUCAAGAGGCAGGGAGAUGCUGGAACGUUGACCCCAUGUGAGUUGCAGGCUUGCUGGAAUUUGCUUUAUUGCUUCGCUGUUUGCUAAACCGCUUUGAGGUUUCCUUUCGUUUUAUUAAAUCCAUAGCAAAUAAGACGCACGGAGUAUUCCAACGAUUCGGGAAAAGAGGCGUUGUUUUGGGGGUUUUUUUUACAACCAAGUGCUGCAAAAAUCUUCAUAAAAUAAACAAGUGUGUACAAUUUUCAACUCUGGCUGUUGGGCCAAUGCUCCGAAUUGGAGGUUGGGCGAGAUUGAACCAGCCCUGCAAAAUUCCCCAGAACCCAAAUUUAGUUGCAGUUUCUGUUCUUUCUCCAAAGGCCUCCCCACCCUCCUCCUCCUCUGUGUGCGCUGAGAUCCACCUUCGCUUUCAGUUUAACUGAGCUGAGCUGCAUUCCUGAGGUCUGUCGCUUGUGGCUUCUUCUUGAAUUCCCUCCAGACAUGUAAGUACCGCUCCCUUUUGACGUCUAUCAGGUGGGCUUGCUGUAUUGCCAGGGGCAACCGCAAGAGGUUUCCUGCCCCUCCCAGAAAACAUCCCACCCACUAUACAGUGGUACCUCGGGUUACGGACGCUUCAGGUUACAGACGCUUCAGGUUACAGACUCCGCUAACCCAGAAAUAGUGCUUCAGGUUAAGAACUUUGCUUCAGGUUGAGAACAGAAAUCGUGUGGCAGCGGCAUGGCAGCAGCAGGAGGCCCCAUUAGCUAAAGUGGUGCUUCAGGUUAAGAACAGUUUCAGGUUAAGAACGGACCUCCAGAACGAAUUCAGUUCUUAACCCAAGGUACCACUGUACUAGCAUAAAGGCUCAUAAGAACAUAAGAUCCAGAGUCUGCUCAUAACCUCCAGCAUUUCUCUGAUGAAAACAGGUUCGUUGCAAGGGGAAAAGCGGGAUAUUCCAGGGUCAAAUCAGAAACUGGGAUGGCUUCUGUAAAUCCUGGAGAAUAGGGACACCUGGAGGGUUUUCUGGAUCAUCCUAAUGGCUCGCUUAGCCCAGCAUCUGUUCUCAAGUGGCGAACCGGGUGCCUGUGCAAAUCCAACAAGCAGGACCCGAACAUUGCGAUUCAGAAGCGUUCUUGCCUCUGAUGGUGGAGGCAGAGCACAGCCGUUGUGGCCAGUGGCCCUCAAUAGCUUUUGCUUCCAUGGAUCUGUCCAAUCCUCUUAUGAAACCGUAAGAACAAGGUCAGAACCCAUAAACGAAACACAACAGGGCCGCCCAGUCAAACUGUACAUUGGGAGACCCAGGAUGGGCAAAAAGAAAAGGCUUGUUCAAAUUACGAUAAAUUCAACAGUGUAAAUAAGUUCUGAUGGAUGUAACAAUGGAUUACUGAGCGGUUUAGUUAGUUCAUGUAAAAUAUGCAGGGAUGUAUGGUAUGCAAAAUGAACCACGGAAAAGAAAAGAAGGGAAAUCAUUGAUUUAAAGUUGUUUAAAUGAAAUGUAAAUUAUAAAGCGUUAAAUAUUAAAAACUUCCCUGAACAGGGCUGCCUUCAGAUGUCUUUUAAAAGUAAAAUAGUUGCUUAUUGCCUUGACAUCUGAUGGGAGGGCAUUCCACAGGGCGGGCGCCACUACCGAGAAGGCCCUCUGCCUGGUUCCCUGUAACUUGGCUUCUCGCAGUGAGGGAACCGCCAGAAGGCCCUCGGCGCUGGACCUCAGUGUCCGGGCAGAACGAUGGGGGUGGAGAUGCUCCUUCAGGUCUACUGGGACGAGGCCGUUUAGGGCUUUAAAGGUCAGCACCAACACUUUGAAUUGUGCUCAGAAACGUACUGGCUAUUAAUGGCUACUAGCAACAAUGGCUAUGUGCUAUUCCUCCCGUGUUGAAGGCAACAUGCUUCUGUAUACAAGACACAGCAGAGUUUAAUGGCUCUCAGAGGAUGGUGCCCGGUUGCCACUGUGUGUGAGUCUCUGCUCCAGGGCUCGCCUCUCCUCUCCUGGGAUUGAGGCUGCAGAAGCAGGGGUGGCCAAACAAUAUCAAAUUUGAGAUUCACACAGAGAGAAGGCAGGCAGGCUUCUCUGAGGGAGAGAGCACUCAAGACCCCCUCAAAAAUGAAUUUAACUCAGCACCGCAGCCACAAAAACCCGCUGGGGAAUAACCAACUCAGCCCGCACCCCAUAGAGGGAAACAAAACUCCUCUGGAAAACCUAUAAAGGAAGUAAUGAAGAUAUCAAAACGUACUCGGGCUCAACCAACAGCUUCAUCCAUUUGACCUUUGCAAUUUCCUGUUUCACCCUUAAACUUUGCUUCCUAAAGAAAAGAAGAAAUCGUAUAACUUUUGAUCACCAUUAUACAUAAGGGCAUAAGAAAUCUGCCUUAUGCCCAGCCAGAGCAUUGGUCCAUAUAGCUUAGUGUUGUCUACACUGACUGGCAGAAACUGGACUACAGCUUCCAUUAUCCCUGACCACGUUUGGGGCCAGGAAUGCUCACAAAUAUCAGCUACUAGAAACCCCAGGAUGAGAGAGUGCUCUUGGGCCUGAUUCCUGCUUGUGGGUUUCCCUUUGGGGCACCCGGGUGGCUCAUAGCUGUCAACCGUCCCUUAUUUGGCGGGAAACUCCCUUAUCCCAGCGCCGUGUCCCGCUGCUGUCCCUUAUUGAUGAUGUCCCUUAAAUUUCCCGGGUUUCAAAGGAAGCAGCUCCCCUCCCUCCCUGCCGGCCAGGGAGGAAGGAGGCUCCAACUGUGUUGCUUGGCUGCGUUGCUCACCCAAUAAGGAGUCUAAGAACGACUGGGGGGUGGAGCUUGCAUGCCUCGUGCCGAUCAAAUCGGCCGCGUUGCCUGGGGACUCGCCUUUGCUCAGCGCUUCCCAGUGGAGAGGUGACGGUGGUUUCCCUUGCUGCGUCCCCUUUGCCGGGUUGCUGCGCUGUGGGAACCACCGCUUGAGGCUUCAUUUGGCUUCUGGCUGGGCUUUCUGCCUUUGGCUCAGAAGUUGAACAUACCUGUGCCCGGAAAAUCCCUUAUUUUGGCUGCUGAUCCCUUAUUUUUGAGGCUGCUGGUCCCUUAUUUUCAAAUCUGUAAGUUGACAGCUAUGGGGUGGCUACUGUGAGUACAGGAUGCUAGACUGGAUGGGCUCCCUUUGGGCCUGGUCCAGCAGCCAAGCUCUUCUGAUGUUCUUAUGAGCCACACUGACUCCUGGAGCUGAUGGGAUUUGGAGUCCAUCAACAUCUAGGGCCUAAAGUUUUCUCUUUCCAUGGAAUAAUCCCUAAGCAUUGGGCUAGAAAUCCAUUAAAGCAAUAGGAAUACUUAUAAAAUGUUGCACCUGCUAAUCAAGACGAUUCCUUCUGCAGAAAUAAAUAAGCAAAGUUUCAAUGUAUUGAACCCGUCAGGUCCCAGCAUGGGUGACAACAAUUUAAGAUUCCCUAUUAAAAGCAGUCGAUAGCAAAUUGUAUCCAGUGAUAGUUCUACUCAAGAGCAGAAUUAAUGAAUAAACCAGACCAGCUUAGGUCCAUUAAUUUCAGGACUAGCACGGGAUACAAAACAACAACAAAAAUGUGAGUCUACUCUGAACGGGACAAAAUGUAACCCUGUAAUGAUCAUAAGUGGCAGAGGUGAUAAGGAAACAUUCGUCCCCUGCAAGAAAACAUCUUUCCUUGGAGGGGUUACAUCCGUUUCCUUGGCCUACCUAACAUGAUGAUUGCACAACACGGGUUUCUCCAGAAAAAGAUCUUGGGAUAUUUUUAUUUUGUCAAAGUGGAAAAGCCCCUUUGCAUCCAGGCUUUUCUGUUUCACAAUAGAGGGUGGUGGUGACUGGUGUUGUUUCCUGUUAAGUCAGCGAAAGGAGCAGUCCCAUCGUUCCUCAGCUAAGGAGUGCUCUGACAGACUCUCUGGACUUUGAACAAUGGCAUACGUGAAGAUGGGAGCCUUAUUCCUGCUCACCGCUAUCCUUCAGAGUUUUGUAGGUAAGUCGCACUGCCUGAUCUCUUGCAUCUCCUUCAUUCAGGAGGUUUGGACUUCUUGUUUUUGCCUUUUGCUCGUUUGCUUUGACCCAGUGAGAUUUCAGGCAGACGGGUGACUGUCCUUAUGGAGGAAGUUUGGACAUUGCACCCAUUUAGCUAUAACCGCAAGGCUUUUUUUGAGUCUCAAGACAUCUGAAUGAGCACUCGGACCUAGGAAAGCCAUUUAAAAGCUACGUUUUUCCUUUGAAAGAGCAUCUUUGUUUUUAUUUCGCUUUGCAAUUAGGCAAACUUUACCAACUCAUUUUUAGCAGGUUAUUCGUUUCUUUUUUAAGGGAAUGAGAAGGAAUGAAUCCUUUAGGUAGGCGGGGGACGGACGGACAGAAAUGAUUAGUUAUAAUUUUACCCUCAAAUGUCAUUUUAGCAGCUUUUAAAAAAGAAAAUGAAAUGGGAAGUAGUUACUCAUUUACUCAGGGUGGGGGAACGUUAUGACUUUCCUCCCAGGUAUCAUCAAGGAAAGUUAUAGAUAAUAUUUUACAAAGUCACAGAGAAGCCAUAAAGUGAUUUGUUUCUAAAGCAAGUCUUAUGAAACAUCCAGUUAGCCAGAAGAUAAACAUUUAUUGCACAAGCCAAAGGCCAUAACAUCAUCCGAAAACACUAAUAGCAUAAGAACAUAAGCAAAACCUCCUGUUCUCAUGACUCAUUGGGAAACCUCCAAGUAGGAUCUGAGCACAAGAGCAGUUAAGGCUUUGGGCAGGGGGCAGAGUUUAAUCUGCAGCAGAAGGCAGAACGCUUCUGAGGUCACAGCCACACCGUUUAUUUUUUUAUUUUAUUUUUUGUGGUUGCUAAGAGGUAUUUUAUUAAGGAUUUUCUUGUUUUACAGAAGUGUAGUGCCUCGUAUUUUUUUUUUCAUGUAACAUUUUUACAAAUCCGUUUCAUUUGUUGAGGCAUUAGGGGGAGAAGAAAAAAGAAAGAAAAAAGAAAGGGGGUGGAGAGAGGGAAGAUGGAUGGGGGUGGGGUCGGGUGGCGGUGUUUCUAUUAUGUUUAAUGUAUGUAGAGUUUGGUGUCAGCGUUGCUUGUGUUGUUCACUUGUGUUCCUUUGGUGGUGAGAGAGGUUGGGGUUGGCCUAGGGUGUGAUUGUUUGCUUGUGAUUGGCUGUGGUGAUCUUUGUUUUUGUGUGUGAGUGAGGUGGGUGGGUGUUUUGGAUCAGGUUAGCCAUAUUGAUUUGUAUGCUGUUGGUGGAUUAUUGCCAUUGUCCUGUUGGGCUGUGUAUGUGAUAAAGGGAGCCAUACCGGGGUGAAGGCGUCUUCUUCUGUUUGUCCCCGUGUCAGUUUCAGUUUAUUAGUUAAUUUUUCUAGUAGGGCUGUUUCCCAUACUAUUUGGUACCAUUGGUCCAUGCUUACUCCUGACAGGUCUCUCCAGUGUCUGGUUAUGGUGUUUCUGGCUGCUGAGAGCAGGUGGGUUAUGAGUUCUUUGUGGUGUAAAUGGGCAUUGUUGUCUUGGAAGAUGUUUAGUAGGGCCAAUUCUGGGGUGAUGUCUAUUACUUGCUUAGUUAUUUUACAUAUUUCUUGUAUGGCUGUUGUCCAGAAUAGUUGGAUUUUGGGACACUCCCACCACAUGUGGAGGUAUGUGCCUGUGGAGGUGCACCCUCUCCAGCAUUUUGGUGAGGUUCCUGGGUGUAUUAGCGCUAGUUUCCUUGGUGUUAGGUACCACCUGUAGGUGAGUUUCAGUGUGAGUUCUUUUCUUUUCGUUGAUAUGGAUUUAAAGGGGGUUUAGACCACAUUCUGGUCCAUUAAGUGGGGUUAAUCUCAUAGCCUAUGUCAUUCUCCCAUUGUUUUUGAUUGCAUCUAUGGGAUUUGCGGGAUUUUGGAGUAGUAUUUUGUAUAUUGCGGAUACCGUCCCUUUACCGUUUCCCUUUGUUGUUAGGAGUAGGUUUUCGAAGGUUGUCAGGGGCCUAGUUGCUGCUGAUUUUACUGUUGGGUUGUUUAAGAGGGCAUGUAGUUGGUGUUGUGUUAACCAGGGCAUUUGGGUGUCUUCUAGUUUGUCUUGUAUUUCUUGUGUUGACAAGGGUUUGUUAUUUUUAUAAAAGUCUAUUAGGCGAUAUAAGCCUUUGGUUCGCCAGGUUUUUAUCUUGAGGUUUUGUGCUGCAUGGUGGAAUAAUGGGUGGUACGCCAGGGGGAUUAGUGGGGAUGGGGUUGGGGAUAGUUUGCCUAUUUGUGUUUUCCAUGCUUUGAGCAUGGUCUGUGUGUACCUGUUAAGUGUUGUGGGAAUUUUCUUUAGUUUGUUUGGGAGGAGUGGGUAUGUUGUGGUGCAGGUGUUUUCAAUUGUGUCCCUCUCUAGGUGUACCCAUUGUUUUGUCUCAUCUUCUAGUAUAUAUGGGAUUAUGUGGCGUAUUUGGUUGGCAUUGUAAUAUGCUUCUAUGUUGGGGAUUCCCCAUCCUCCUUCUGAGGUGGGGAGGUGCAGGUAUUUGGGGCUUAUUCUUGGUUUUUUGUGUGAGAAGAUGAAAGAGUGUAGUUUUCUCUGCCAACUGCAAAGUUGGGUUGAGGGGAUCCAGAUUGGGAGGAUUUGGAAUAGGUAGGUUAGUUUUGGGAGUGUGAUCGUUUUGAUCAUGGCUAUUUUGUCUGAGAGAGUGAAGUUCAUGUUAUUCCAUCUCUUUAGGUCUUUGUUAAUUUGUCGCCACAGGGGCUUGUAGUUGUGGAGGUACAAUUUAUUGAGGUUUCUGGUUAUUUGUACCCCUAGGUAUCUGAACUUGGUGUGGCAAAGUUUUAUUUUGGUGACCUUCGUGAGUUCUUUUUGGGUGUGAGGAGGGGUGUUGAAGCACAUAGCUUCUGACUUUGUAAAAUUUACCUGUAGGCCCGACACCAUUGCAAAUGUGUUGAGUUCUCUGAUUAGGGAGGUAGCUGUGCUUAUGGGGUCUGGUGUUGUGACCAUUAGGUCAUCUGCAAAGAGCCCUAAUUUAUAGGUUCUGCCUUUUAUUUCCACUCCCUUGAUGUCUGUGGCUGCUCGGAUGCGGAUUGCUAGGGGUUCCAGAGCCAGGAUAAAUAAGAAGGGAGACAGUGGGCAUCCUUGUUUCGUGCCUCUUUGGAUAGCUAUAGUGUUAGAAUCCAUAUUGUUAGUUCUGCAUUUUGCUGAGGCUUGGGAGUAUAUUUGUUUGAGGAUUUGUAGGAAGUUGGGGCCAAAUUUCAUGUUAGUUAGUACUGCUAAUAUGUAUUUCCACUCCAAGCAAUCAAAGGCUUUGAGGAUGUCUAGGGACAUAAUUGUCAAUGGGAGUUUGGUUGCCUUGCUGUGUUCGAUCAGGUUCAGUAGUUUCCUGAUGGGGUCUGUUAUAUUGCGGCCAGGGACAAAGCCAGUCUGGUCUGGGGCUAUUAACUUGUGUAGGAAGAUUUUUAGGCGGUUGGCCAAGAUUGAUGUGAAUAUCUUGUAGUCUUGGUUUAUUAAUGAGAUUGGGCGGUAUGAUUCUACUUUGAGGCUGUCUUUUAGUGGUUUUGGGAUGGAGACUAUUUUGGAGUGGGUCCAGGUUUGGGGGAUGGGGCCCCCUUUUAUGAUGUCGUUGAAUAGGCGGGUCAUGUAGGGCAUCAAGGGUUCUUUGAAUUUCUUAUAGAAUUCUGCUGUGAAGCCGUCUGGGCCUGGGGCUUUGUGUGGUUUCAGGUUUUUGAGGACCGCAUCUAUUUCCUCUGGGGUGAUAGGGCUGUCCAUGAAUUCCUGUUCCUCAUUAGUUAGGGUAGGCAUGGUCAGUCCUGCUAGAAAUGUUCUGAUUUCCUUCUCUGGUGGGUUAUGGGAGGUGUAUAGGUUGGAGUAGAAUUCUGCAAAUUCUGAGGUUAUUUCUUCGGGGAGAAUGUUAUGUUGCCGUCUUUUUGGUGAUGCAGUGUAUUCUUGUUUUGAGUGCUUUUUUCCUACAUCUAUUUGCUAGUAAUCUGGAGUUUUUCCCUCCAUAUUCGUAGAAACGUUGUUUAGAGUAUAGAAUGUUGAUCAUUGUUUUGUUAAUUUCUAGGGAGUCUAGUUCUCUCCUUUUUUGUUCUAUAAGUUUGAGGAGUUUUUAGAUCCUGUUUGUUUGUAGCGUGAUGAGAGGGCUGUGAUGUCUUGUUCUAUUUUGCUAAUUUUUGAGGAGGUUUGUUUUUAAGGAAUGUUUUCUCUUUUAUGCAAGCUCCUCUGGUGACCGCUUUCAUUGCGUCCCAUAGGAGGGGGGUUGUUAUAUUCUUUACAUCGUUUUCUUUGAAGUAGUUUUGGAGGGUUUUUGUGAGACUCUCUCUAAUUUGUUUGUUUGUAGUUAGGAUGGGACUGAAGGACCAUGAUGGGGUGGUUUGUGUUCCUUCUCCUAUUUUAACAAUGACUUCUACUGGAGCGUGGUCUGUGAUUUUAAUGUUACCUAUGUUUGUUGAUUCUACUGAGGGGAUCAGACCCUGUGUGAGUAGAAUGAUGUCCAGUCUGGACACUGUAUCAUGGCGUCCCGAUUGGAAUGUAUGGCUGAUGUCUCCCGGGUUUUGCUCACCCCAAAUGUCGUAGAGACCCCUGUUUUUUAGCAUUUUUAGUAACUUGUAAGAGUUCCUGGUUGUUGGGGGUUUCCUUCGGAGGAAGGUUGCCCAUGGGGUUGUGGGGUGGAUAUCUUUCAGGGAUAUACCUUUCAUAUUUAGAUUGAGGUCCCCUCCUAGGAUUGCUUCCCCUUCAGAGAAGGAGAGGAAUUUGUUUAGUGUCUUCUGGAAGAAUUCUAAUUGUUUCGUGUUUGGGGCAUAUAUGGAGCCGAUUGUCAGUUUGAUUUUGCCAUCUAGUGUCCCUUUAGCGAAAAUGAAUCUGCUUUUUUGUCCUUGAGGACUGUUGUGGCAGUGAAGUUCAGGUCUCUACUGAGUAUUAUGGCUACACCACGAGCUUUCCCUGAGCCUUGUGCGACCCACUGUUGACUGAAGCGGGGGUUGCUCAGGAGUUUGCUGCCUUUGGGUGGGUUGUGUAUUUCUUGUAGGAAGGUGAUGUGUGGUUUCAUGGUGUUUAUGUAUGAGGUGAUGCGUUUUCUUUUGAUGGGGUUUCCCAGCCCCCUCACGUUUAAUGUAAUUGCUUUUAGGUUAGCCAUCUUGCUUAUCUAUUAUGUGGGGCGAUUCCCUGCCAACCCGUUCGGGUUGUCUUGUGUCUCUCUCUCUGUGUUGUUUAAAGAACCAGUGGGGUUGCGCUGACCUAGGAUGUGGUGGGUGGGGGGCUAAUGGGAUUAGAGUAAGAUUUGGGUUAAAGAGUAGGGGGUAAGUUGUAGAGAGUUUCCUAUAUGUAGUCAUAUAGGUGUUUGUUUGGAGUAUUUUAGGCCAUCUGGCAUUUAGCCAGUUGGUCCUAGGUCUCAGCUGGUGUGGAAGGCCGUGUUCAAGGACAGGCCAUCCCCCCUGUUGUUUGUGAUAGGGGGUGAUCAGUGAGACAGUGUGAAGUGACUUUGUAACGUCGCUGUCAGGUAUAAGGUUCAUAAGCAAUGUUGCCAAUGUUAUGAGCAACAUUGUUGGUGUGUUGGGGUGGGGAUGUGGGUGCUGGUACGCUCUGGUGCCACCAUAGUGCUGGUUGGGUAUCAGAUUUUAGCCUGAUUGUGGGUUGUGUUAUUAAGGUUGGAGGAGUUGUUUUUCCCUAGUAUGGAGUAUGGGGGUGUUGAAGGUGUGGGUGAUGGGGAAUGUGGUUGAGGUUGUCUGGACUGGUGUUGGGGUGGGGAUUCGUGUGGGGGUGCGGGGCUGGGGGGGAUGUUGAUGGUGUUAACUAAAUCUAUGUUUUGGGGGGGGGAGAGAGGGGAAGGGGGGGGGGAAUCACCAGUCCUUCAGUUUGUGGUUUUUCCUGGUUGCUUCAUUCAGCUGGGGUUGUUGUUGUUGUAGGGUUGUCCAUCUGCGAUGAAUUGGUUUGGUUAAUCUUGGUCUGGUUUCUUGUGUCGUAUGGCCAGCGGGACGGUUCUGAGCAUGAUGCUUGCCUGUAUUGGUUUGCGUUGUUGUGCCGCUUCUGUUGUUUCUUUUUCUUCUGUACCGUUGUCCAGUUGUUUGCUGUUGUUUCCUCGUGGUUGGGGCUGUCACUUGGUGGGUUUGUCGGUUGCCAUUCCGGUGGAAGGUCGAGUUCAAGGUUCUUUAGUAUUUGCAGGGCCUCAGGUAUGUUGGUAGCCAUGUGUUGUGUUGUAUUGGUUGUUACAAUGAGGCGGAAGGGGAAGCCCCAUCGGUAUUUGAUCCCUGCUUGUUGGAGACGCUGGGUGCAUGGGCGCAGACUUUUCCUCCGGUUUAUGGUAUCCCGAGAUAGGUCCUGUAAGGCCAGAAUGGGGGUUUCUCCAUAUCGAAGGUUGGUUGAGUUUUUGAGCUGGUUCCAUACCUCUUCCUUCUUUUUGUAGUGUGUGAAGCAUACAAUGAUGUCUCUUGGGGGGGCGCUGGGUUUUGGCAUAGGUUUUAGGGCUCUGUGAGCCCUCUCCAAGUCAUCUGCCUCAAGUUUCAGGCUUGGGAUUGUGUUUUUCAGCCAGCGUAUAAUUAGGUCUGCUGGGCUUUUCUCCUCUGUUUUUUCAGGAAAGUUGCGGAAGCGGAUGUUACAACGUCUAUUGCGGUCUUCAAGGUCGGCUUGCUUAAUUUUCAUCUCUCUGUGUUCUGCUUCCAUUUGGUUUACCAGUUCAUCCAGUUUCUUGUUCACACGUGCGUUCUCCUCCCAGUGUUGCUCUAUUAUUCUUUCUUGCAUUUGGUUCUUGUUCUCUAGAGCUUCCACUUUGGAGGUUAGAUUGUUGAUUAGUACCUGCAUGGGAGCCAUUGUGGCCUUCAGUGUUUCUUCUAAUCGUGCUUCUAAUCUUGCUUCCAUUUCCCUCAGAUCUCGUUUCGUUAUUGGGUGGUCAUCAUCUUGAGGGGAGUUACCAUCUUAGCAUUGUUUGCCAUCUCCCUGGUUGGUGUCAUCUCGGUCUCCCUGAUGGUUUUGGUUUGAGGUUGGCUUGGCGUCCUCUUGGGGUAGGGCGUGUAGUGGUUAGGAGUUGUGGCAGUGGUGAUUCCUGGGUAUUGUUGGGUUGCUGAGCUGAUCAGGCUUUGUUGGCUGGUGGCUUUUACAGAGCGUUUGGAUUAGGUGGUCAUUUGUGUCACUUCUAGCCUGUGUUUUAAGAACUUCUCUAGGGCUUUUGUAGAUGCCUCAGCGGUGCCGCCGAGGCGGGGGGGGGCAGGUAAGCAGAGAUGGGUAGACUAACGGACAGACAGUUCAUAUAAAGGGAGGGGGGUUAGCAGGUAGAGAUGCAAGAGAUUAGAGGGGUGGGGCCAGGGGAAAUAUGUGUUUAGGAGGGGGGUUGUAUAUGCCCAGAAGGGGUAUUGGGGUCCAGUUAAGGUGGAAGUUGGGGUUGGGAGUGCGCUCAGAAACAGAGACAGACAAAUAGGCUAUAUGUAAAGGGUGGAGGGAGAAAAAAGGGAGAAGAAGAAGAAAGAAAGAAGAAGGGGGAGGCGGGGGAGAGGGGAGAUUGGAGUAAAAGAGAGAGAGAGAGGGGGACUAACAGAGAGUUGAAAGAGAGAGGAGAGAUAGUACAGUAAUCUCAGCGGUAUUAGAAUGCAGCAGUAGUUUUAGCUAUAGUCUUAGGGGGUCCAAUUAUGAUAGGGUGAUAUGAAUGUGUGUAUGUGUUUCCUGUAGGGGAAGGGGGGGAGGGAGAGAGGGAGGAGGGAGAGAAAAGGAGAGGAGGAGGGGGAAGGGUGGGAAAAGGAAGGAGAAGAAAAGAGAGGGGGAGAGGGGAGGGAGGGAGGGUGAGCUGCUGCAAUGGUAUGGUGGGUAAGUCUUAUUGUAAAAGAGGGGUGGGGGAAAGGGCUCCCUCUCAAAAACAAACUGACGAACAGGCUAAAAAGGGGGGGUUGAUUUAAAAAAUAAAAGGGAUAGAAAACAAAAUUGGGGAUGGAAAAUGAAAGGUGGGAUAAAAGGAAAAAAUGAGGAGGGGUGAAGAGAGAGAGGAGAGCAAAAGGAGAGAAAAAUAAAAAAGGGGGGAAGUUGAGGGAGAGAGUAUCAAUAGCAAUAGCAGUGAUAUGGAGGAAAUUUUUGUUUUAAAAGAGAGUGGUGGUCGUAGCUGGGGGCGAAAGAUUCCCCCCUCAAGAACAAGCCAACAAAUAGAAAAGAAAGGGCUUUAAAAAGAGAAAGAGGGGGAAAAAAAUAAUUGUAUGGUGUUUUUUUAAAAAAAAUAAUAAUAAUAUUUCCCCCUAAUUAUUGUUAUUAUUUUUUGUUUGUAAAAAAGUAAUUAAAAAUGUACGUGUAAAAUAUAAAAAUGAGAAUUAAAGUUUUAAAAAAAGGGGGGGUUGUCUUUAGAUAGAUAGAUAGAGCUUUUUAUUUUAUUUUUUUAAAAAAUGAGUAAAGUAUAGGUAAAAGAGGAUAGGUAAAAGAGAGUGGAAAGUCUGGGGCGAAGUGGCAGUCCCAGGAAAUGGCCUGUGAUGGUUCAGGGCUGUUUUCUGGGUACUGCCAUUUUAAUUCUUAAGAGGGGAGUUUGAGGUGGAAAUAAAAUGAGGUUUAAAUUGAGGGUGUGUGUGUGGAAAAGUGUGUCUUUAAAUAGUGUGUAGAAAAGAUAGAAAUAAAAAUAAAGAUUCAAAUAAAGGGUGGCUGCAGCAGCAGUGGCCCCUCUUUUAAAAAGAAAAGUGAUAAAAGUAGGUAUAUGGGGGGAGGGAUAAAAAAGAUAUAUAUAUAUAUUUUUAAAGGGGGGAGGGAGGGGGAGGAAGGGGUUAAAAAAAGGGGUUAAAAAAAAAAAGAAAGGGGGAAAAAAUCCCCUUUGUUAUGCGGCUUCUCUGUGUUUUCCUUGCCGCUGGAGGCUGGAGCUCCCGGUCGGGUUCAGCCACGUGUUUUUUCCGGAGCCUCUUUUGCCUUCCCGUGCUUACCUACCUCUCCUCUGCUUUCCCGUCAGCAGAGAUGGGGGCAGCAGCGGUAAAUUUGGGGCUCCUUUUUUUUCCCUUUCUUUUUCUUCCUCUCUCCCCCUUUCUUUCUCCCUCUUUGCGUUAGCUCCACUGUCCUCCUGGUUUUGGAGCUCCUCUCGGCUGUUGGGGGUGGUCGGGUGCCUUUCCGGCUCAAUCUCAGUCGUGGGGGGGGGGGUGUUUUUGGCUCCUUUGAUAGAUGCCCAGGCACCCCCGAUUCCUCUCCGCUGGCGGUGCUGGCGGCAGCAGUCCUGGGAGCCCGGUUUAACCCACAGCGCCACCUGCGUCCCAAAUGUGUAGUAAAUGUGUCUUAAUAUAUAUAUGGUGCAGAUAUUAACUGAAUGCCAAUUUCCAAAAAAAUAGGAGAGUUGCUGUUUUACUCAACACCCUGCUUUAGGCUUCACAUUUGGGGCAUUUGACCGGCCAUUGAGAAAACAGGAGACUGGACUGGAUGGGGGCCCAUUUGGCCUGAUCCAGUGGCAGGGCUCUCUUUAAGUCCUUGCAUUUAUUUCCCAGUUGAAUGGAUCCUUGUUGCUUUCAGAUUUGGGGUAGUUUUACUAUAUUCUGUUUUGGAGCUGGCUGGGUUCUGUGCUGGCUGACAUGUUGUGUGGGUGCCUGGUGAUCGUCUUCCAAAGCAGCUACUCUAUUCCGAACUUAAAAAGGGGACGCGUAAUGCUGGUGGUCAACAAAAGAGGUUUAAAGACUGUCUCAAGGCAGAUGUAAAAAAAAUGUAGUAUAAACACCGACAACUGGGAAACACUGGCCUGCGAGCGCUCCAGUUGGAGAACAGCCUUUAGCAAAGGUGUCAUGGGCUUUGAAGACACUCAGGACGCAAGGGAGAAACGUGCUAAAAAGAAGGCACGCUUGGCAAAUCCACACCAUGAUCAACUCCCGCCCGGUAACCAAUGUCCCCACUGUGGAAGGACGUGUGGAUCCAGAAUUGGCCUCCACAGUCACUUACGGACUCAUUGUUAAAACCGUGUUUAUGGAAGACAAUCUUACUCGGCUACGAGGGAUCGCCAAAGAAGAAGAAGAUGAUUAAGGCGAUGAGCUGACUCAGGAUGCCUGUGAAACUGCUCUCUGGGCAGAAUGAAGAAGAAGCAUCAGGUCAAACUGACUUCGUAAAUGAGCAGAAGAUCCCCAAUGAAGAGGAACUUGCCUUUCAUGGCUCUGCAUUUAAUUUAAUCCCAAAUGAGCAUGUGCAAAUGCUAAGCCUGCCCCUCUUUGAAACAAACCAGACGAAUUCUAAGGUGUAUCAAGGGGGAGAGAGUUCAGAAGAUGCACCCACACUUUGGAACUCCCUGCCUAUUGACAUAGAAUCAUAGAACUGUAGAGUUGGAAAGGGACCACGGGGUCAUCUAGUCUAACCCCCUGCAACACAGGAAUCUUUUGCGCAGUGUGGUGCUUGAACCCAGGACCGUGAGAUUCAGAAUCUCACGCUCUACCAACUGAGCCAUAAAGCUGUGUACCUUGUUCAGCACCUGCUUAAGAACUAUUUUUGUUUGGGCAUUCCUAUCCAGAUAUGUAGGGACGCGGGUGGCGCUGUGGGUAAAACCUCAGCGCCUAGGACUUGCAGAUCACAUGGUCGGCGGUUCGAAUCCCCGCGGCGGGGUGCGUUCCCGUCGUUCGGUCCCAGCGCCUGCCAACCUAGCAGUUCGAAAGCACCUCCGGGUGCAAGUAGAUAAAUAGGGACCGCUUACCAGCGAGAAGGUAAACGGCGUUUCCGCGUGCUGCGCUGGCUCGCCAGAUGCAGCUUGUCACGCUGGCCACGUGACCCGGAAGUGUCUGCGGACAGCACUGGCUCCCGGCCUAUAGAGUGAGAUGAGCGCACAACCCUAGAGUCUGGCAAGACUGGCCCGUACGGGCAGGGGUACCUUUACCUUUACCUUUAUCCAGAUAUGUAGAUUAUUGACAGCAUUUUAAUUUGGUUUUUAGCUUACCACUGAUUUUUUUACUUUUUUAAAAUGUUGAAAAACUGUCGUUUUGCUGAUAAUGGCACUGUUUUGUUUUCUCCCUCUCUUUUUUGGGGGGUAAGUCACUUUGAGAUUUGUUUUAACAAUCAAGAUGAAUAUGAGAUCUUAUGCAAUAAAUAAGAAGUUGACGGUUGGGCUCCCAACCAAGGGCUGAGUGUCAGAGGUAAAGAAUGAGGGAAAUUCCUUAAGACGAAGAAGGGAAACAACUUUCACAGCAAGUGGUGAGGAAGGAAAACCUCGGACAUCACAAGUCACCCGACCCUGAAAAACAGAUGACUAGAAAGGGAAGGAAGUUCAGGGAGGAGUCAGUAUGCGGGUGAUACCCAGCUCUACCUCUCUUUCAAAGCGGAACCAGUGAAGGCGGUGAAGGUCCUGUGUGAGUGUCUGGAGGCGGUUGGAGGAUGGAUGGCGGCUAACCGAUUGAGAUUGAAUCCUGACAAGACAGAAGUACUGUUUUGUGGGGACAGGAGGCGGGCAGGUGUGGAAGACUCCCUGGUCCUGAAUGGGGUAAGUAUGCCCCUGAAGGACCAGGUGCGCAGCCUGGGAGUCAUUGUGGACUCACAGCUGUCCAUGGAGGCGCAGGUCAAUUCUGUGUCCAGGGCAGCUGUCUACCAGCUCCAUCUGGUACGCAGGAUGAGACCGUCCCUGCCUGCAGACUGUCUCGCCAGAGUGGGGCAUGCUCUGGUUAUCUCUCGCUUGGACUACUGCAAUGCGCUCUAUGUGGGGCUAUCUAUGAAGGUGACCCGGAAACUACAAUUAAUCCAGAAUGCAGCAGCCAGACUGGUGACUGGGAGCGGCCGCCGAGACCAUAUAACACCGGUCUUGAAAGACCUACACUGGCUCCCAGUACGUUUCCGAGCACAAUUCAAAGUGUUGGUGCUGACCUUGAAAGCUCUAAACGGCCUCGGUCCAGUAUACCUGAAGGAGCGUCUCCACCUCCAUCGUUCUGCCCGGACACUGAGGUCCAGCACCGAGGGCCUUCUGGCAGUUCCCUCCCUGCGAGAAGCCAAGUUACAGGGAACCAGACAGAGGGCCUUCUUGGUGGUGGCACCCGCCCUGUGGAACGCCCUCCCACCUGAUGUCAAAGAGAAAAAUAACUACCAAACUUUUAGAUGCCAUCUAAAGGCAGCCCUGUUUAGGGAAGCUUUUAAUGUUUAAUAGGUUAUUGUAUUUUAGUGUUUUGUUGGAAGCCGUCCAGAGUGGCUGGGGGGAGCCAGCCAGAUGGGCGGGGUAUAAAUAAUAAAUUAUUAUUAUUAUUAUUAUUAUUAUUAUUAUUAUUAUUAUUAUUUUAUUAUUAUUACUGUCUAUGGAGCUAGAACCUGGAGACUACGGUAGCCAAAAAGUGGACUGGCCCUCCUGAUAACUUCAUAGUUAAUCUAUGAAACUCCCUGCCACAGGAGGCAAUGAUGGCCACGGACCUAGAUGGCUUUAAAAGAGGACUGGCCAAAUUCAAGGAAGAGAAGGACUAUCAAUGUCAACUGUUGUUGUUGUUUAGUCGUUUAGUCGUGUCCGCCUCUUCGUGACCCCCUGGACCAGAGCACGCCAGGCACUCCUGUCUUCCACUGCCUCCCGCAGUUUGGUCAGACUCAUGCUGGUCCAGGGGGGUUAUUUUUACGCAUAAUUAUAAGUAAAUGUUAUAGAAUGACAGCCUGAGGAUUUUAUAGGAAAUGAAUUUAUAAAUAAAUGGUCCAGAUCCACAUGCAGACAUGAUGGCUUGAGGAAGAGGGAGGGGUCAGUUGUCCCAGGGUACCAGGCAGACAGGAAGGUGAGGCAAGGCAAGAUCAGCACCUUGGAGAGGGACCAAAGUGUGGGUAUCAGGACCACGGUUUGCCUCAGCAGUGUCCUGAAGCCAUUCGUAGGGGCAUCUUAUUCAUGAUAAAUUAACGUUUCAUUAAGGUAAGACGGGGAAUAGGCAGGAGAAAUGAUUUUGAGGAGUUAUGGAGGGUGUUAGUAGAAUUUGUAUUGAUAAAACGGAAAGGGGUCAAACCAUCACAAGAGGUGCUGAAAUUUUGGGAGGCUGGAUAGCUACAAUGGAAUGCUCUCAGUGGUGGGGUGCACAUUUUUAUUCUUAUUUAUUUAUGAUUAUUGCUGUUGUUUAGUCGUUUAGUCGUGUCCGACUCUUCGUGACCCCCUGGACCAGAGCACACCAGGCACUCCUGUCUUCCACUGCCUCCCGCAGUUGGGUCAAACUCAUGCUGGUAGCUUCGAGAACACCGCCCAACCAUCUCGUCCUCUGUCGUCCCCUUCUCCUUGCGCCCUCCAUCUUUCCCAACAUCAGGGUCUUUUCCAGGGAGUCUUCUCUUCUCAUGAGGUGGCCAGAGUCUUGGAGUCUCAGCUUCAGGAUCUGUCCUUCCAGUGACCACUCAGGGCUGAUUUCCUUCAGAAUGGAGAGGUUUGAUCUUCUUGCAGUCCAUGGGACUCUCAAGAGUCUCCUCCAGCACCAUAAUUCAAAAGCACCAAUUCUUCGGCGAUCAGCCUUCUUUAUGAUCCAGCUCUCACUUCCACACAUCACUACUGGGAAAACCAUAGCUUAUGAUUAUUACUUUAUCAAAAUUAUUAUCAAAAAAUAAAAUAAAAAGAAGGGGCAUCUAGCCCAACUCCUGCAAAUAGUUAUAGCCUUGUCUAUGUAUUCAUUGACUAGAGAUCACUGACCAGAUCCUGCAUCUGCACAUUUAAAGGCCUGAUAGUUUCCUCUGUAGCCAUUGCCUUAUUCUGAGGACUGGGGGUUCAAGCUGCGGAGCUGUGCUCUUGACAGGAGAUCCCUGAGGAGAUAAGAAAAGCCUACUGGAUUGGGCCCUUCCAGUCCAGAAUCCUGUUCUCACAGUGGCCAACCAAAUGCCCAUUAUGGAAAGCCUGCAAACAGGACCCCAGAACAGGAGCCCUCUCUCAUCUUGCUGUUUCCAACACCUAGUAUUCAGAAGCAUUGCUUCCUCCAGCCACAGAAGCAGAGGACUGCCAUUGUGGUUAAUAGGCCUUGGUAGCUUUCUCCUCUGUUAAUUUGUCCAGUCCUCCUUGGAAGUCCUCCAACCUGCUGGCCAUCACUGUGUAAUGUUGAAGCAAGUUCUUUUUUUUCUUUUUCCAAAUGAGUUUUUAUUGGUCUAUCAUUAUAUAUACAUAUAAACAAAUACAAAGUAUAAUACAUAAAUUACAUGUGUCAUAUCCAGUCCAUGAAUCAUACAUAUAUUACAUAGUUCUUUUAAGCUCCACCGAGCCUUAGACUUCCCUCCACUGGUAAGUAUCAGAUAAAUUCUGGAAUCACGUAUUUUAUCUCCUUUACUUAUUAGUCGUGUAAUGUUGAAGCAAGUUCUUCUGUGGAAUUACAGUGGUGCCUCAGGUUACAUACGCUUCAGGUUACAGACCCCGCUAACCCAGAAAUAGUGCUUCAGGUUAAGAACUUUGCUUCAGGAUGAGAACAGAAAUCGUAUGGCGGCGGUGGGUGGCCCCAUUAGCUAAAGUGGUAUCUCAGGUUAAGAACAGUUUCAGGUUAAGAACAGACCUCCAGAACGAAUUAAGUACUUAACCAGAGGUACCACUGUAUGUGCUGUGAUAUCUCCUCAAGAAUCUCCUGACUUGCUAAGGCCUAGGACCCUUGUACUUACGGGACCGCCUCUCCUGGUAUGUCCCGCAGAGGACCCUAAGGUCCACGAAUAAUAAUUGUUUAAAGGUCCCAGGCCCUAAGGAAGCCAGACUAUCCUCCACCAGGGCCAGGGCUUUUUCAGUGAUGGCUCCGACCUGGUGGAAUGCUCUGUCCCACGAGACUAGGGCCCUGCAGGACUUGAUCUCCUCCCGCAGGGCCUGUAAGACAGAGCUAUUCCACCUGGCCUUCAGUUUGAAUUAACCUGAUCCUCUAUUCCCUUUUUCUUUUCCUCUUCUAUGAAGAAACCCUUUCUGGGAGCCACAUUUAAAUUCCUUUUCACACACUUCCUUGCUGGCCCUAGUAGGACCAACUUGGCCAGUUAGCCCUGGAUAUCAUUCAGUGUCUACUGACUGGGUUUUUGUUUUUGUUUUUCAAAAAUGACCCCUGAAUUUUUGAAUAUUAUUGAUAUUGAUGCUGCAUUUUAUGUUGUAUACUAUGCUGUUUUAUGCUGUUUUUAAGCCGCAUUUUAAUCAAUGUUUUAUAUUUGCUGUUAGCCACACUGAGCCCGGUUUUGAAACUGGGAAGGGUGGGGAAUAAAUAAAUAAAUAUUAAUAUUAUUAUUAUUACCAUUAAGGAAGUAUUUUUCGCUCUAUAAGACGCACCGUAUUUUUCUCUCUAUAAGAUGCACCAGACCACAAGAUGCACCUAGUUUUUGGAGGAGGAAAACAAGAAAAAAAAUAUUCUGAAUCUCAGAAGCCAGAACAGCAAGAGGGAUCUCUGCACAGUGAAAGCAGCAAUCCCUCUUGCUGUUCUGGCUUCUGGGAUAGCUGCGCAGCCUGCAUUCGCUCCAUAAGACGCACACACAUUUCCCCUUACUUUUUAGGAGGGAAAAAGUGAGUCUUAUAGAGCAAAAAAUACGGUAUUUGAUCAGCAUAGGUCUGGGAGCAGAGGUAUUUACCUUGGGAAAGAGAUGCGGGUACCAGGGACCAUGGAACAGCAUGGGGCAGACCAAGGAUUUGACCCAUCAUCAAGGAUGCCUUCAUCCUCUUAAGGAUUCUGUAUCUGGGCCACGACCCCAAUGGCUUAUGUGUAGAAGAGGCAUUUGUCAAUAUCCGGAACAAAUCUCUUGUGUCGUGCUCACAGGCUUGAAAUUUUGCUUUCUUAGAAAGGAGCACCGCUGGCGUGACAAUACAUUUUAAGGAAGUCGGCCAGAAUUACUCCUUUUAUAUCAACGGUAAGAAAAUCCAUCAGACUUUGGCAAUUUUAAGGGGAGUAUUAACAACUGCACAGAGAGCUAUCUGUUAAUCACCACCAACCAUUAUAUUUGCAUGCUGGUUUUCCCAAAUUGUGCUUUGGAGGGAGUCACAGGAACGGUAGGACGAACCAGUGUUUUGGCAGGUGCGUUGGAAAACAAAUUGGAAGUCUUACCAAAUACAUCCCACAUUGUAACAUUCAGACCAGUGGUUCCCAAAUUGUGAGGUACCACUCCUUGGGGGUCGAUGGGAUUACCUAGGGGGUUGCUAAGAGGCAAGGGGCUCUGGAGGUGUCAUUGACUUUGAAAAGCUGGUCUCACUGGAUUAAAUAUGUCAGUUUCAUUUGAAUUCAUUAAACUAAACUGGUUUCAUUGGGUUUUGAAUAAUUUUGACUGUUUAGAACUGUAUCAUACUAUAUUAUCUUCCUUAGUGGGUCCUGCAAAGUGUUAUUCUGAACAAUGCUUUUUCUACGGUAGGGGGCACUGGAGGGUGAUUUAUGGAACAAAGGGGGGCGGCCCCCAAAAGUUUGGAAACCAGGGGGAGAGGGCCAUCUCUGUGGUGGCCCCCAAGUUGUGGGACCUCUGUCCCACAAAGGUGCCCUGGCACCUGCAUUGUAUACUGUAGCUUCCAGUGAACACCUUUGAUCCAUGAGGUAGAUAUUUUUAGGAUGCAUUUAUUUUUGUGAUUUUAAGUCGUUUUAAACCGUGUUUUAUGGUUGCAACCUAGGGUGAAGGGAGGGUAAGGUAAUAAUAAUAGUAACGAUAAUAAUAAUAAUAAUGGGGUUCCUUAUUUUAUUUCAAUAUUUUCCAUUAAAAAGAAAAUAAUAAUAAUAUACUUGGCACCUGCCUGUUCCAUUAAUGGAACUGGAAGUCUCUAAUGACUGCAAUUGUACAUUGCAGUUUUUAUUUCAGUGUGGUGUAAUGGUUAGAGUGUUGGACUAGGACCUGGGUUCAAAUCCUCCCACUUGGCCAUGAAUCUCUCACUGGGUGUGGCCUUGGGGGCCAGUCACUGCCUCUCAGCCUAACCUACCUCACAGGGGGGUUGUGGGGAUUAAACGAGAAGCAGGGAGAACCAUGUAGUACACCUUCUUGGGUGGAAAGCUGGGAUAUAAACGCAAUGAAUUAAUAAACACGAUUAAAUUAAUUGUUCUGACCUGACCUCAGAGUUAACGGUGCCAGAGGGGGAUUCACAUUAUGACUAUUCUUUGCACAAGUGGGAAAGGAAUAUUUGUCAGUAUUCAGAAUUAGUACCCUGGUCUUCAAUGAUUUCUGUUACUCACUUCAGUAUUCUUACAACUUUUUCCUCACAGAUACCUUUGAGUACUUUUACACGAACGACAGCGACUAUUAUGGUAUGAUGAUCUGGAAGGAUCUACUGUAACAGCGUGGAGAGUGUCAUUUGGUCCACUUGGGGCCUAUGGACUGGCCAAAUUUGACUGGAUCACCCCAACCGAUCAGAAGGUUUGGGGUCAGACCCUCGGGUUUGGGGGCCUCAAUGAAGCAGGGCCAGUUUAAAGCCACGGUUUUUGAACUUUCAGCUGCAAGGGAACCUUUUCUUCAUUAACUGAAUGUUGGAAAUUGGGAAAUAUCAGGAGAGAUAAACGGCCUUUUUUGACACAGUGCAUACAGUCAUACCUUGGAAGUCAAAUGGAAUCCGUUCCGGAAGUCCGUUCGACUUUUAAACGUUCAAAAACCAAAGCGUGGCUUCAGAUUGGCUGCAGGAAGCUCCUGCAGCCAAUCGGACGCAGCGUCGGACGUUCGGGUUCCAAAGAACGUUCCCAAACCGGAACACUCACUUGCAGGUUUCAAUCACUUGGGAGCCAGUUUGUUUGGGAGCCAAGGCGUUUGAGAUCCAAGGUACAACUGUAUUUAACUUUUGGAACCCCCUCCCACAGGAGGCAGUGAUAACUACCAACUUGGAAUGCUUACAAGAGGAUGGUGAAUUUUGAGCAUCUAAGCCCAAAGCAUAGGAAAUAAAAUCCCACCAGACCAGAUGACCUAUAAGGGUCCCUCUGGUUCUAGUCCAAGUCUAGUCUAGUCUAGUCAGAGACAUGCGGUUUAUGUGUAUUUUUUCCCACAAUAGCUGAAGUUCUCCCCCCCCCCGCGCAGUGGUUAAAGUGCAUACUUUAAAAAAAUAAUAUUUUAUUUGUUGAAUAUAAGAACAACAUAUAAUCAAAUACAAGCAAUCAAAUAUAGUUUUUCCCUACCCCCCCCAAAAAAAAACCCAGCCCCAACUACGUCCAGGUAAUUACAUUAGUAAUAUAAUAAUAAUAAAAACUGUACAAUUGCUGGUUUAAAAAUAUCAUCCCACUUGCUCCCAUGUAUCUUAGGUGGUUUAAAUCUGAAGUUCUUAUACAGUGGUACCUCUACUUACGAGUGCGAUCUGUUUCGGGGUGCCGUUCGCACCCUGAAAAGUCCGUAAGGAGAGUGCUGGAGCUGUGCAUGCGCGAAGUGCGAUAGAGCAUUUCUGUGCAUGUGCGAAGCAUGCAGAUCGCUUCUGCGUCCGCGGUGAACCUGGAAGUAAACACUACCAGGUUUGCCACGUUCGUAACCUGAAAAGCGGCAACGCGAAGCAAACGUAACACGAGGUAUGACUGUAUACCACAAAAAUCAACUGUAGAUCCCCUACUCAGUUGGUUAGAGCGUGGUGCUGAUAAUGGCAAGGUUGCAGGUUUGAUCCUUGUAUGGGACAGCUGUAUAUUCCUGCAUUCCAGGAGGUUGGACUAGAUGAUCCUCAGGGUCCCUUCCAACUCUACAGUUCUAUGAUUUAUGACCUCCAAGGAUGUUCAUUGCUGGACUGUUGAAAUCCCGGCUGCAGCUGACAUCAGUGUCCAAAGCACUUUAGAGCAAAAAUCAUCCAUGUUGUCCAUCCACAUAUUCAGUAAAGGCAGUUUAAUAAAUACAUAAAUUAAUGAAUAAACAUAUAAAUUAAUAAAUGUAUAAAUUAAGUGUUUACUUCUUUUUUUUUACCUUUCCAGAUAAAUUCGAGUAUGAUGAGUACGAAGAAAUAGAAAAAUUACCGGUAAGUCGCUUUUUUGGGAAUCUACAGGUUAAAUCCCACCCACUUCUCAGUGGGGUGUUAAGUCUCUGUAGGAGCAAGUCGAGAGGCUAGGCACUGAGUGUUGCAGUACAGAAUGCUGCUAGCCAUCCUCCCUCCCCACGCCAUCGCUGAGUGUGCCCCUUCCUUCCUGGUUGGCCCAGUAGAUGCCUCCUCUGGGGCAAUGUGCAUAGAGGCUAACACCUUCUCUUCUUUAUUUAUUUAAUAAAAUGUAUACACUGCUUGGGGAUGCAGGUGGCGCUGCGGGUUAAACCACCGAGCCUAGGACUUGCCGAUCAGAAGGUUGGCGGUUCGAAUCCCCGCAACGGGGUGAGCUUCCAUUGCUCGGUCGCUGCUCCUGCCACCCUAGCUGUUCAAAAGCACGUCAAAGUGCAAGUAGAUAAAUAGGUACCGCUCCAGCGGGAAGGUAAACGGUGUUUCCGUGCGCUGCUCUGGUUCGCCAGAAGCGGUUUAGUCAUGCUGGCCACAUGACCCGGAAGCUGUACACCGGCUCCCUCGGCCAGUAAAGCGAGAUGAGCGCCGCAACCCCCGAGUUGGCCACGACUGGAUCUAAUGGUCAGGGGUCCCUUUACCUUUAUAUACUGCUUGGUUGUAAAAAAGAAAAAGAAAAAAACCUCAAAGCGGUUCCCAAAAAAAGUUUAAAGUAAAAAAUUACCAUUGAGGAAAAAAUUAAACUUUCGGAAAGUUAAAAUAAUAGAGUAAAAUUGCACCAGCUCUCUAAAACAUCUGGGUAGGCUUGCCCAAAUAAAAAUAUUUCUCUGCAAGCACCAAAUAGAGAACAGUUGAAGGCACCUGCCUGAAGUCAAUAGGCAGGGAUGUUCCAAAGAUUUUAGUUUCUGCCACACUGAAAGAUCGAUUUCUCGCUCCUUUCGCCAGUGGCUCGCUCAGAGAGGGCAGGUCAGCAAGCAAACAGGAGGCAGAGGAGCACCAGGGGCAGAAAGACACGAAAGAUUGGUGUGAGGGGUGUGCCUCAACUGGAGGGGGGCAGUGGCAGCUUCCGAGCAAUACAGACCCCUUCCCUGCCAGCCCUAGAACCAAAGAUCCAUGUUUGCGAAGUAACACACAGCCUUCUGUUUCCUUUUGCAGCGCCCUAAUGACUCCACCGGGCCUUUACACCCUUGCAGCUGUGCCCUGUUCUUCGUUAGUCUCCUCCACACUCUACCUGUCAUCCUGCGAGUCCUCGAUGCGCGACACUAGGAGGUACAGAAGUUCUCAUCGUAUUGAUCUGCUUUGACAAUGUGCCUGUGGAGUAGAUACGAUACAAUAAUCUUUAUUGUCAUUGUCCCAUACAGAACAACGAAAUUGGGGGAGAAAAAAAAUCUACAUAAGACAUUCAAAACCAACAAGCCUGCUAUCCCAGUUAUCCCAGCCUGGUUAGCCCCCUAAAAACUCUGAUACCCCAUAAUUAAAUACAAUAUACUCCCAUACAGACUACCUUACAUUGCGUUUAAAACCAAAGUCGCAUUUGGGUAGAAACUGUUUCUCAGGCGGCUAGUCCUAGUCUUUAUAACCCUGUACCUUCUUCCAGAAGGCAGAAGCUGAAAGAGAUCAUUUCCAGGGUGCGCACUAUCCUGCGCUAUCUCUGCAGCUUUCUUAUGGCACCUGGAAGCGUAGAUUUGAUCCAAAGUGGGAAGAGUGCACCCAAUUAUUCCCUCUGCAGUCUUUACAACCCUGGACAGCAUUGUUUUUCCCCUGACCGUGCAGCUCCCAAACCACACACACAGACCAUAAGUUAAUACACUGUGAAGAGAUGUAAAAAAAGUGUUGGAAUAUUCAGGACAGAGAAAAGAAAGUACUUCCUCUUGCAGCGCAUGGUUAAACCACAUGGAACUCGCUGCCACAGGAGGUAGAGAUGGCCACCGACUUGGAAGGCUUUAGAAGAGGAUUAGACAAAUUCAUGGGGAAGGCUGCACUGAGACAGCAAUGCUUCUGUAUCCCAGGUGCUGGAAACUUGCUCUUCUGCUUGGAAUCUGCUUGCGGGUUUCCCAAAAGAGGCAUCUGGGUGGCCACUGCGACAGCAGGAUUCUGAACUGGAGGAGUCAUUGGCCUAAACCAGCUGGCUUCUUAUGUUCUUGACUGUAAGAGAUAGCGUGAAAAGACAUUGGUGUAUAUAUAUAUAUAUAUAUAUAUAUAUAUAUAUAUAUAGACGUGGGAGGUGCUGUGGGUUAAACCACAGAGCCUAGGACUUGCCGAUCAGAAGGUCGGCGGUUCGAAUCCCCGCAAUGGGGUGAGCUCGCUUUGCUUGGUCCCUGCUCCUGCCAACCUAGCAGUUCAAAAGCGCGUCAAAGUACAAGUAGAUAAAUAGGUACCGCUCUGGCGGGAAGGUAAACGCCGUUUCCGUGCGCUGCUCUGGUUCGCCAGAAGCGGCUUAGUCAUGCUGGCCACAUGACCCGGAAGCUGUACACAUGACCCUCGGCCAAUAAAGCGAGAUGAGGGCCGCAACCCCAGAGUCGGCCACGACUGGACCUAAUGGUCAGGCGUCCCUUUACAUAUUUAUAUAUGUCCCUUUAUAUAUUUAUUAAUUUUUUAACAUAUAAAUUCCAACAAUCAUUUAACAUAACUUCUUAUCUUAUACAAUAUUUUAGACUUCCGUCAACAGCCUCUGAAGAUUUUCCGUUCUUUAUCACUUGCUCUGCAUUUCUUAAUUUCUCUAUUACUUUUAAUUGUCCUUAACUGAGAAUUCUUUUCAAAGCCUUCCUUGCAAUAUUUCACAUAAUCCUCCUUACAGAACUUUUUGCAGUCCUACUAGCGUAAUCUGUUUAUCACAAUUGCUUUUCAAAUAGCUCAGAUAUUUACUCCAGUCCUCUAAGAAUCUCUGAUACCGCAGGUUUCGAAUCCUUCCUGUUCAUUUAUCUAAUUCUGCAUAGUCCAUUAAUUUCAUUUGCCAUUCUUCUUUUGUUGGCAAUUCUUUGUGAAAAGACAUUGUUAGGAGAAUCUGCUUGCUCAGACUGUACGAAGGAUGCGUCGAGAGCUAAAUCAGGCAUCCAGCUCUGAUAAUGCAGGCAUGCUUUUUGUCUGAGUAGGUGAUUUAAUUUCUGCAGAUGUGCAAAGCUAAAGUGAGGGAAUGCCUCUAGAUAAGCCUGGGUAAUUCAUAGGUCCGUGGAUUCUACCUUUGUUGAAUUAUUUUUAAUGGAUUCUCUUUGCUCUCUCUCUCUCUGUUCCAGAUCUGAUGCAAUCUGCUUGCUUUGGUGACAGGAUUUGUUGUUUUAAUGUCUUCCUGAGUGCCAAAGAGGAACUUUCCUACACCUGUGAAUGAAAUGCCUUAUUUUCCUACAGUACUGCUAUGGUCAAAAGAACCACACAACUUCUUCCAUGGGCACAACAACUUUUGUACCUUCCCUUCCCGGAGCAAGGCACACAGGCUCUUCACGGGACAUUAUUUGUUAAAUUCUAGGAAGCAUCUAAAGCAUUUUGAUGUUUUGGGGUGGGAGGGAGCAAAGAAUCCUAGUGUGGUCCCUGCCUAUGUCUUUUUCGGCAAAGGAUAUUGGAAAAUUCAGAUGGAAUCUGCAAACAAUACAUAAUUGAUGAGUCUCCCCUGCCCAUUUGCAUUGAAAUUAAUGGUGGCAGAAUAACGUAACGCCAAUGUAAAUUAUGUAAUAAAUUAUGUAAGUCUGCCACAGCAAGCAGCAGAAUGAACAGUGUUGUUUUUGGCAGAAGGCGGCCUGCAGCAAAACAGAAGCAGUGCUGCAUACAACAGGAAACGAUUCCCUCGUACACCCCUACCUUCUGCUCAUCUAAAAAACGUUAUUUUUCGCUCCAUAAGACGCACCUGACCAUAAGACGCACCUAGUUUUUAGAGGAGAAAAGGGGGAAAGCCCUGGUUUUUUUGAGGAUCAGCUCAAAGUUUUGCAGCUUCUUUUGCAAAGGGGAAAAGCCUUGUUUUUUUGAGGAUCAGCUCAAAGUUGUUGAGCUUACUUCGCAAAGGGAAAAAAUCCUGUUUUUAUGGGGUUCAACUCACAGUUCUGCAGCUUCUUUAGGAAAGGAAAGGGAGCCAUUUCUACAAUUUCCAGACAGAUAAUCUAAUCAGCCAGUCACAUGUCGCUGGGGAAACAAACAGGCUCCAUCUGCAGAACAUUCAACAAUGGAAGCCUGGGCAAGGGGGCGGGGCCAGAAAGGGAGCCAGUGAUCAACCACACAUUCGCUCCAUAAGACGCACAGGCAUUUCCCCUAACUUUUUAGGUGGAAAAAGGUGUGUCUUAUGGAGCGGAAAAUACGGUAUUUGCCUACCAUCUGGCACCUGCUUAAUGGCAAGAGUUGUCGGCAAUAUCCAUUCACUGUUCAAACAACUGGCCCGCAUUAUCGGCAAAUGGCAGCCACUGAAAAUCGGCUGAGUUCCAUGUUGGAAGAUUUGACUGUGUGGUUUCUGUGGUUCCUUCCUACACUGGUGCCAGCACUGCUUGACAGCUUCAGCAAGGUGGCAAUGUAAUAAUAACCUGCAGGAUCAAGCCAAUGGUCCUUCUAGCCCAGCUUCCUGUUCUCGCAACAACCAAAUGCCCCUAAGAACCUUGGAAUCUUGAUAGACUGCCUCUGAACUCAGAGCCUCCAUAGAAACAUCCGAAAAGCCCCGCUGCUGGAUAAGGACAAAAGGGGCCCAUCUAGUCCAGCAUCCUCUUCUCACAGCGACCAGCUAGAUGCCCAUAUGGGAAACUGGCAAAAGCAACUUAGCUGGCGACCUCUGAGUAGAUCCUGACAACAACUGCUCACAGUGUGCUACUUAGGGUAUGUGUGGACAAGCUCAAAUGUUAAGGAUACUCCCAGGGUUGGGUAGAUCCAGGCAAUGCUCAUAAGCUGGACACCUCAAGAAUACCAACAUUGUUAUUCAGAGGGAAGCUGGAAAAAGCACCAUAAAGGCUAGUUUAGGUCAGCCCUCUGUUUCUCUCCCAUUCUCUUCCUUAUGUGGGAUGUGCUAAGCGACUCUGCCUAUUUGCGUGUGGACUACGAGAGGGUGAUAAAAUGUGUCUGUUGCAAAACAACGAAUUGUCCUGGCGUUUAUAAUGAAACCG